UUUACUUCGUCUUCCUGAGCAGCAUUCUCCUGUGCGUGAGGAUGCAAUUCCUUGUCAACAUGUCCAUACACGCCGUCCUGUUUUCAGCCCUGAAUAUAAGCCUACUCGUCUCCCAUUUACCUGCGUCUCUUUGAGCCUAACUGUAUCUUGAAAACAAGCACUACCUCAGCUUUUAUUUUUUUUACACGUCUCGACCCACAGAAUUGACAAUGAAGUACAAUAACACAGAGGACAUCAUGAAGACUUUGGAAGAGGCCCCGGCAGCCAGGAAAGCUCUGCUGGACAACCACAGCAAUCUCAACAAGGUGGCCGACUACUGCGAAAACAAGUACACAAACGUGGAGGACACAAAAAAAGCAGUGGAGGAAUCCAAAGCUCUCACCGCUCAGGCCCUGGCCAGCGUUGCAUACCAAAUCAACACACUGGCAACGAGCGUAUUAAGACUGCUGGAUGCCCAGACCAGUCAACUUAAGCAGAUGGAAUCAUCCGUCAAUAUGCUAAGCAUGACGGUGGACAUGUACAAGGAGAAAGUAGCACGGCAGGAGAUCGGUGUCCUGACUGCUCCUCGCAAAAUCCCAUAUGUUCAGAAGAUGGUUCCUCCAGCAAGACCCGAAGAACCCAACAUUGCAUAUGAGCGUGUCCCAAUAUCCUACACCAGUCUAGACUCAGUUGGACAUGGACUCUGGGACAGUACCAAUACUGCACCGAAGAAACAGCCUGAACCACAGACAACUAUCCAGCAACCCAACUCGCAAGAAGGAGGGCAACAUUUUGGAUCUGGCAUCGGCAUUGCCGUUCCUCCACCUUCAGUUCCCAACUGGGUUGGUUUGAAAACCGCAUCUUCUUCAGCGACACCAGUCUCCUCCACGCCACAGCCUCCGAGUUUCUGUGAAGAUACUCCACCACCUCCUCCUCUUCCACCUUUUAGUGAUACUGAUGACCUUCCACCUCCACCACCACUUUUUCCACAAAGUAGUCCAAUAGCUGCACCUACACCAUCUUUUUCUCCAUUUAGUUCUGCUUUUACAGACUCAUUUUUACCACCACCCCCAACUCCCCAAACCGAGUUCAUGGCUCCUCCGCCUCCACCUCCAUCUCCUCCUGCCAAUUCAAUGCCACCUCCUUCGUGCCCACCUCCACCACCCGCACCUCCAGAGUACGUCUCCAUGGCUCCACCACCCUCUCCAUUUCCUCCUCCUAGUACCAGAAAGGGUCAUGUUGCACCACCUCCUCCACUUCGUUCUACUCCUGGUGGGGGAAAUGUUCCUUUACCUCCUCCUCCUCCUCCUCCUGGACAGAGUAAUGCUCCACCUCCUCCUCCACCACCUCCUACUACUCCUGGAAAAGCCUUCAUUCCUCCUCCUCCACCACCACCGCCAUUUUGAACUCUGAAACUUACCUUUUCUAAGAUAUUAGUGGGAAACCACUAACAUCAAAACUGCUACGUAUUCUCCAGACAAUAGCUGUAUAUAAAUCACUCGAGAGUCGCUAAAGAUGAAUAUAACAUUUCAUUGUUGUGGUAAAAUUCUAACAAAUGGAACAAACUAUCACAUCUGCUGAAGAAGCAUCCCAAGCUUAAAAAUACCUAGAGAUUGUAUACUACACUAAUUCAAAAAUGAUAACAUGUACACUACAUGGCCAAAAGUAAGUGGAAACCUGACCGUCACACACAUAUGUGCAUGUUGAACAUUCCAUUGUAGAGUUAGUCCCCCUUUAGUGCUGUAACAGCCUCUACUCUUCUGGGAAGGCUUUUGGAGCAUGGCUGUGGGGAUUUUUUGCCCAUACUGCCACAAGAGCAUUAGUAACAUUGGACAGUGGUGUUGAGCAAGAAGACUUGGCAUGCAAUUGGCAUUCCAGUUCAUCCCUAAGGUGUCCAGUGAUGUUGAGGUCAGGGAUCGGUGCAGGUGAAUUCUUCCACUCCAACCUUGGCAUACCAUGUCUUCAUGGAGCUCACUUUGUGCACAGGGGCAUUGUCAUGCUGGAACAGAUUUGGACCAUUUAGUUCCACUGAAUAGAAAUCUUAAUGCUACAGCAUACAAAGUCAUUCUAUACAAUUGUGUGCUUCCAAUUUUGUGGCAACAGUUUGGGGAAGAACCAAAUAUGGAUGUGAUGGUUUGGUGCCCACAAACUUUUGGCCAUAUAGUGUAUCUAGAAAUACUGUAUGUAAGAAUCUAUGAGGAAUAGCUGCAGUAUCUACUGCACUUUCAAACUACAGUGUUAGAAUGCUGAACUCAUCAAAACCAUCCAAUCUCACACAAAAUGUGCAAGAUUUUGUUGGAAAAUAUCUAUUACUCUGCUUAGCAUUAUU